AUGGUGAUCCCAUCGGGUCAAGAACCUUCUUCUACCUCCAUAAUGCCGAACGGCUUCCCUCACUCACCAGCUCUCCAUGAUACACGAGCUGAAUCCGAUGUGGUCGCCAAGAGCGAGCGCAGCCCAUCUGAGCCCGUCGAGUCCCAUCCCGUCUCCGAGUCCUCCCCCGAGCCCGAUGCCGCGGACGACUCAUAUGAUGCCGAGUCUCUGGCCUCCGACGGCGAAGAUGAUGAAGUGGUGAUGGAAAACAGUGGUGAUGAGUUCGAUGCGUCCAGCCGUGAAAACUCUUCAUCACCGCACCCCGACCGAGGUAUCAAGCGCAAAUCGUCGCCGCCCGACGAAACCCAGUACAUGAGACAGAACCCCGAUUUGUAUGGACUUCGCCGGAGUGGUCGAGCGCGCACAACGCGUCAUCUCGCCGACUCUUCCGACUCUGACUCCGAUGCCGUUGCACCUCGUGCAAAGCGUCCGCGCAAGGAAAUGUCCCACCAUCCUUCGAAGACCUCGCGGUCGGCGACGGCCUCGUCAUUCUCGGAAUCUGACAGUGACGAGUACGGCGGUAAAGCAAGCAAGGCGAGACGUCGCCGCGCGCUGAAGCAAAGCGCCGGCAUGGAGCCUUCACUUUCUGAAGUCCGCUUCUCGACCAGAACCGCUGCCAGGGUGUCCAACUACAACGAAGAUGAUGAUGAGGACGACAUAUUCGAAGACGGCGCAGAUCAAGUUGCGGACAACUACUGGCCCCAGGAUUACGUGGAUACUCGCCCUGCCGUAGAUGUGGUCCUCAACCAUCGCUUGAAGGACGGCGUGGAUCCCCGCGAUCCUACUGUCGAUCGAGAAGACUUUGAAUUUUACAUCAAGUGGCAAGAGCAGUCUCACUACCAUGCCACCUGGGUGCCCAAUGAGGCUCUCGGCGACUACCGGAGCACGCGUCGCGUUGAUAAUUAUGUUCGAAAGGUACUUCAUGAAGACCUACGUCUUCAACACGACCCUGAAGCCCCUCCUGAGGACAGGGAAAAGUGGAAUCUUGAUCGCGAGAGAGACGUGGAGGCGAUUGAGGACUACAAAAACGUCGAGCGCAUCAUUGGAAACCGGGAAGGUGUGAAUGGCACAGAGUAUCUCGUCAAGUGGAAGCGACUCUUCUACGAUUCAUGUACCUGGGAACCGGAAGACUUGGUCAGUGACAUCGCACAGCGUGAGGUCGACCGUUUCUUAGAUAGGUCUGCUCGAGUCCCUGUCUCUGAUCGGAAUGAAUCAAAUCCCGCUACUCGCAAGCCGUUCGAGCCUAUCCACGGAUCUCCUAGCUUCUUGGAAAAUGGCGAGCUCAAGGAUUUCCAGAUUAAGGGCCUGAACUUCCUUGCUUUCAACUGGGUCAAAGAUCGCAACGUGGUGCUAGCAGACGAAAUGGGUCUCGGAAAAACCGUGCAGACCGUCUCCUUCAUCAACUGGCUGCGCCAUGUCCGACGGCAACAAGGCCCAUUCGUCGUCAUCGUUCCCCUCUCUACAAUGCCCGCGUGGGCCGACACCUUCGAUAAUUGGACGCCCGAUUUGAAUUAUGUCGUCUACAAUGGCAGCGAAAAAUCGCGCGCGGUCCUCCGCGAGUAUGAGCUGAUGGUGGAUGACAAUCCCAAGCGGCCGAGGUUCAACGUACUCUUGACUACAUAUGAGUAUGCCAUGAAUGACUCUUCGUUCCUUGGACAGUUCAAGUGGCAGUUCAUGGCUAUCGACGAGGCGCACCGUCUCAAGAACCGUGACUCUCAGCUUUAUGUGAAGCUAUCUGAGUGGAAAUGCCAGGCCAAGCUUCUCAUAACAGGUACACCAAUCCAGAACAAUCUUGCAGAAUUGGCAUCCCUAAUGGACUUCCUCAAUCCUGGCGAGAUUGAGGUUGAUGUCGACAUGGAUCUCAACUCCGAGGCUGCAUCCCAGAAACUGGCCGAGUUAACCGAUGCUAUUCAACCUUUCAUGCUACGGCGUACAAAGUCCAAGGUCGAAUCCGACCUCCCUCCCAAAACCGAGAAGAUUAUCCGUGUUGAGCUUUCCGAUGUUCAGCUGGAAUAUUACAAAAACAUUUUAACCAAGAACUACGCCGCGUUGAAUGACGGUGCCAGGGGAAUGAAGCAAUCGCUCCUGAACAUCAUGAUGGAAUUGAAAAAGGCUAGCAACCAUCCUUUUAUGUUCCCCAACGCAGAAGCAAAAAUUCUAGAGGGGAGCCAUCGACGAGAGGAUAUCCUCCGGGCCAUGAUCACCAGCAGUGGAAAAAUGAUGUUGCUCGAUCAGCUGCUGCGCAAGCUGAAAGAAGAUGGCCAUAGAGUUUUGAUUUUCUGCCAAAUGGUUGGCAUGCUGAACAUCCUCAGCGAAUACAUGGAGUACCGGGGCUACAAAUACCAGCGACUCGAUGGUACCAUUCCGUCUGCUGCUCGUCGCCUGGCCAUUGAACACUACAACGCUCCGGAGAGUACCGACUUUUCAUUCCUUCUAUCAACUCGCGCUGGUGGUCUCGGUAUCAACUUGAUGACUGCUGACACAGUUGUCCUUUUCGACUCGGACUGGAACCCGCAAGCAGAUUUGCAGGCCAUGGCCCGAGCCCAUCGAAUUGGUCAAACAAGGCCUGUCAGUGUUUACCGUCUUGUUUCGAAAGACACGAUCGAGGAAGAGGUUAUCGAGAGAGCCCGCAACAAGCUUUUGCUCGAGUUCAUCACCAUCCAGCGUGGUGUCACCGACAAAGAGGCCUCGGACAUGCAGAACAAGAUGGCCCGCGUGAUCGGCGAACCUAACUCGACCGAGGACAUCUCCCGGAUUCUCAAGCGGCGUGGCCAGAAGAUGUUUGAGCAAACUGACAAUCAGAAAAAGCUUGAGCAGCUUGAUAUCGAUUCGGUUCUUGCCAAUGCAGAGCUGCACCAGACUGAAGAAUCAGAGCAGAUCCAAGCCGACGGUGGUGAAGAGUUCUUGAAGGCCUUCGACUUUGUGGAUAUCAAGGUCGACGAUCUUAGCUGGGACGACAUCAUUCCUCAAGAGCAACUCGAAGAGAUUAAAGCAGCUGAGAAGCGUAAGGCAGAUGAAAGAUAUCUCAAGGAGGUAAUAGAGGAGAAUCGGCCUCGCAAGCGUGGAGCGCCCAUCGAGGAGUCUAAAGACUCGCGGGAAGAACGCAAAGCCAAACGCCAAGCUAGAGCGCAAGUUGUCGUCGAUGAUGGCGAGGAUGAUAGCUCAUUAGAUCCGAGACGUCCCCUUGGCGAGAAGGAGUACCGUGCUCUUUCUCGAGCCUUCCUGCGCUUCGGUGACAUGGCUGACUGCGAGGAACUCAUUCUUGAGGAUUCUCGGUUGCAAAACCGUGACCGAGACACUGUGCGCGCUGCUCUUCGCGAGAUGACUGACAAAGCGGCGUCCUUGGUCAACGACAACAUGGCGCAGAUCGAUGCUCUUAAGCAAUCAGGCAAGAACAUCACGAAGAAGGAGCAAAAAGCUGUUCUGUUUGAUCAUCAUGGGGUGAAACGACUCAAUGCCUGGACAAUUGUCGAUCGACCACCGGAUAUGCGUCUCGUCAGGAAGAUCACAAGCUCUUUGGCCGAUUUCAGGACGUUCCGCCUUCCAGAAGCUACCAAGUUGGCUGACUAUAGUUGCCCAUGGGGUGCACGAGAAGAUGGAAUGCUUCUAGUCGGUAUCGCACGUCACGGAUUCGGUGCUUGGACCCAGAUUCGCGAUGACACGGACCUGGGCCUUGGCGAUAAGUUCUUUUUGGAAGAGCACCGGGUAGAGCGGAAAACGCAGCGUGCGCAAGGGGAGGAGAAAACGACCAAAUCCCCUGGCGCCGUUCAUCUUGUCCGCCGCGCUGACUACUUGCUAUCCGUUCUGAGAAACAAGUACAGCAACGGAAACAAUGCCACCGCAAGACGUGCAGUGGAUAAUCACCACCGGAACAACAAACGAAAUUCUCGCGUUGGAAGUGGCAGUGUCUCCGCCUCCCCCGCCCCAUCUUCUCGCAAGCGCGAGGUCGAUCGCUCACGACAGCGUUCCCACACUCAUGGCAGCCGAGAGGGUGACCGUCACCACACACCCAGCCACGAUCGUCCAAAGUCUGGGCAUGAUCUCGACCGUCCACGUCACCGUCUCUCUGAUGCGGCUAACGAAGAGCUCCGGCGUCGCAAGGGCCAUGAGAAUGGUAUUUCAAGCAAGGAGGACAUGGCUUUCAUGUUCUUCAAGCCUAUUGUGCCGAAGUUGAAGGAAGCUCCCAUGAUCACGGCCAAGUACUACCCGAACAAGUCCGAACGAGCGCAAAAACUCCGCGAAACAAUUGUGGACAUUGGAGAAUUUAUCAACAAGAACCUUGGCGGAGGGUCAGCUAUGGCAUCCCUCGAAACACGCCUGUGGGACUACGUUUCUGUCAACUACUGGCCUAACAAGGAGGCCAGCGGUUCCAAACUCCAGCAAAUGUUCAAUAAGGUGAAGGAACACAAGGCCAAGUCUUCCAACGGAGCAUAAUGCG